UCAGCAGACUUUCGGGCGACCUCCCAUUCUGGAGGGGAUGGAUUAAGCUCAUGCUCUAAAGUUAAGUCGUUUGAUGAGAUUUUCCAGUUUUCCACUGUUUAUUACAAGUGAAUGUGCUGGUGACUAAAGUUCAUGUGAUAUAUGUUUUUGGAUAACAAAUUGCAACUGAUCAUUUCAAAAGAAGCUAUAGAACCAAUGAUGUUUCCAUCACAGCAGUUGGAUCAAUGUUACUGUCUGGACCAUUUCAGUGAUUGUGUUACUCAAAACCCUUUUUUUGCCCAAAGACUAUUCAACCCCUACUACUCCCAACUGUGGUUUCCGUUACCCAUAAAAAUUCCACAACCCCGCCCAGAAAAGCCACCGUACUCCUACAUUGCACUCAUAGCCAUGGCCAUUUCCUCAUCUCCCAAACAGAGACUCACACUCAGUGGCAUAUAUAGAUUCAUCAUGGACAAUUUUCCCUACUACCGGGAAAACAAACAAGGCUGGCAGAAUUCCAUAAGACAUAAUCUGAGCUUGAAUGACUGUUUUGUGAAAGUGCCAAGGGAUAAAGUGUCACCGGGAAGUAGUGAACAGUCCGGCGGUAAAGGGAGUUAUUGGAUGUUGGAUCCUAGAGCAUCGAAUAUGUUCGAGAAGGGAAAUUAUAGAAGGAGGAAAACGAGGAGGCAGAGGAUUGCGGAAUGCACGUAUCAG